AUGCAGACGCUCCUGAAUGUUGUGGGUGAGGCGGCGACGUGGGCCGGGCUUACCUUCAAGCCGUCGAAGUGUGCCACGCUUCACAUCCGCCAUUGCGAGACAUUAGGCACGGUAUUCGCCCUGCAAGGGGGAGAACCAGCCGUGCUCGAUGAGGGUGACGCCUACCUUCAUCUUUACGUCCCUACCGGGUACAAAGUCUCGCAGACGCCAACGGAUGCGAUCGCGGCAAUUCGACGUGACUUGGAGCUCCUGAACGCUUCCCUGCUGGCUCCUUGGCAGAAGAUUGACGCUGUGCGUGUCUUCCUCCUCCCCAGGCUUGACUUUGUCAUGCGGGGCGGAGCGGUACGCGAGGGACCAGUGUCUGCACUCGACAAGGCAGUUAAAGCGGCUGUUAAAUCCUGGCUCUCCCUUCUGCAGCUCGCCUCGACCGAACAACUGUACCUCGCGCUGGGAGAGGGAGGAUGUGGCGUGAUGCCGCUCACGGACGCUGCAGACAUCUCGACCAUCGUCCACGGCUUCCGCAUGCUGCACUGCGACGACGCCACCGUCCGCGACAUCGCCCGCCGCCGACUGGGGAGGAAGCCGAGUCGGGCCGACUUGGCCACUUAUCUUAGCGGCAGCGUCGAAUGUGACCUCGCACGAGACGGAGGCGACAUCCAGUCACUGUGGACACGUGUCAGGAACGCCACAAGGCGCAUAGCGCCGCGUGGUGUCACCUGGUGCUGGAGUGAUCAGCUUUCUGAGUUGCAGGUGGAGGUGCUUCAGCGCCAUAGUCCGCUGCUUCGCCUCAGGGGUUACCCAACUUCAGGUGAGCUUUGUCCGCCGAUGCUUGCCGUGGGGGUGUCUGAUGAUGCAGCUGUUGACUGGCGCGCCGUGGCUACGGAGGUGGCCAGCCCACUCUGCUUGGGCGAGUGA